GGAUCCCAAACAAACAAACAGAUCAUUGUACCACCAGACCAAACCCAACCCUACCCGGCGCCACCCCAGAAAAGAAAAUUUUCCAAGUAGAUCGAUAUAUGGAUUGACGGAGGUUGUACCGACGAUGGCCGACGACGAGCUGGUGGUGCCGGAGGCCGACGAGCGCAGCCGUUGGAUAGUGCGGCACCCUGUGGGCUGCGCCGGCGUCUCGCUUGUUUGCAUCUACUGCCAGUUGGUCACUGACGACCCGCCCUUGACGCUCCUCAUCCUUCUGCUCGGCCUCCUCGCCGUAUUUCUUUACGACCUUGCGUGGCUUUAUGCAAACGACAGUGAUGUGGCCGCCGACGAGCUGGAGGAGGAGGUGGAGCUGGCGGUGCCGGAGGCCGACGAGCGUAGCAGAUGGGCAGUGACGUGCCUUAUCGGCUGCGCCGGCGUCUCGCUUCUUCGCAUCGCCUGUCUGGUCGACCACCACAACAACCCCCGCAUGAGGAUCCUCAUGCUUCUGCUCUGCUACCUUGGCGUAUUUCUUUGCGGCCUUUUCGAGGCUUUUGUUAUCCAAAGGUACCUCAAUGUGGAGGGUCAGCAAAAACUAGUAGAUAAAUUCUUGUUACUCUAUUAAUCAAUAAAUCAAUCCUUGCAUCUUUCUAUCUAUCUGUAAUUCUUUUUGAACACUAUCUAUCUGUUAAUCGUAUAUUUAUCAGUCAA